AUGCCGGUCCUCGGGGGCCUGUGGGCUCAAGACCUGGGGCUGCGAGAUCCCGGCCCAGGGGUGGGGGCCGACGUAACGGCCGGUGUCACCCCCAACGAGGAGGACGAGGGCCCCCCUUCCCCGGUGUGGGGGCCCCUGGGCUCCUCACCAGUCACCUGCGGCGCCCUGUCCCUGGCGCUGGAACUGCCCGCUCUCCUACGGCAGCUGAGGGCCGCCUGGAGGGCCCGCCGAGGGGGCCCCCGGGGGCCCGAGCAAGGUCAGACACCCGGAGCUUGGAGGGUGGAGGUGGAAGAGCUGGGGCAGGACGCAGAAGAGAAGAGUGCACAGCGGGCAGCUGAUGGCAUAUUGGCCAGAGGUCAUGCAGGUGUGUUGCUGGCUGAGAGAAGAGGCUCCUACCCACUGAUUGACCUGCGCAUCCUCAACACCAAUGUCCAACAGGGGGAGCUCGAGGCGGGCUCCAGGAGGAGUGUGAAGCGUCAGCUGAGCUUCCAGAGGUACUGUCACGCCUCACGGUUGCUGAGGGGGCAGGUACCCCGUGCCCCGGGGUCUCUGCACCUACUGGACCACCAAUACCUGGGACAGGCAACGCACAUGCUGUCCAAGGUGGGCACGUGGAACUUUGACAUUUUCCUGUUUGAGCGUCUCACCAACGGUUACAGUCUGGUCACUCUGAUGUGUCACCUGUUAAACGUCUAUGGUCUGAUCCAGCACUUCCACCUGGACAUGGUCAAACUGCUCAGGUUUCUUGGCAUGGUGCAAGAUGACUACCACUCCCACAAUCCUUAUCACAACGCUCUCCAUGCUGCAGAUGUCACACAAGCCAUGUACUGUUACCUGAAGGAAUCAAAGCUUGCAGAGCUGCUGAGUCCCACCGACGUGUUCCUGGGUCUGCUGGCGGCGGCGGCCCACGACGUGGACCACCCCGGGGUCAACCAGCCCUUCCUCAUCAAGACCGGCCACCACCUGGCCUCGCUCUACCAGAACACCUCGGUGCUGGAGAGCCACCACUGGCGGUCCACGGUGGGCAUGCUCCGAGAGUCGGGCCUGCUGUCACACCUGCCACUCUGCAUGAGGCAGGACAUCGAGCAGCAGCUGGGCUCCCUCAUCCUGGCCACAGAUAUCAGCAGACAGAAUGAGUUCCUGUCCACCUUCAGAGAACACCUGAACCACCAGAGCCUGGACCUCCAUCAAGCCCCACACAGGCACUUUAUACUGCAGAUUGCUCUGAAGUGUGCAGAUGUGUGUAACCCAUGUCGGGAGUGGAACCUCAGCAGACAGUGGAGUGAGAGAGUGUGUGAGGAAUUCUACAGGCAAGGUGACAUCGAGAAGAAAUUUGCCUUGGAGGUCAGCCCUCUGUGCAAUCAGCAGGAAGACUCUGUCCCCUCCAUCCAGAUAGGCUUCAUCUCCCAUAUCGUGGAGCCCUUGUUUGAGGAGUGGUGCCGGUUCACCGAGCCCAGCCCACUCAGCCACACAAUGAUGGACCUCCUGCAGCAGAACAAGACUUGCUGGAUGGGCCAUGCCCAUCUGAAAGAAGAAGAAGAAGAUGGAGGAGGAGAAAACAGGGGACCGGUGGCGAACCCAUAAUCCUCGCUAAACCUUCCUCCAUGUUGGGUUUUUUCUUCUUCUUCUUCUUCUUCAUCUACCUUUCCAAACCCAGGAAAGGAGCAAGUGGGUGGGGAGGUGGCUCGUGGUCGGACGGCUCCGUCUUUGUUCAGACGAACCUCUGUGGCUGUAUGCACGGGCCUGGAGGGCUGUGUGGGGCCACGAGAAGGGUAAGGGGAUAGCGCCCUCUGGUGGAUUGGAGGUGGAAGGGAAGUAUGACAGGGAAAGUGCAUUGAGAAAGGCCGCAAGGGGAACUUGAUGAAAACGCUCCUCUCGUCUUCUUUACCCGGGUAUAUGGGCGGCUAUGUGGAUGGUUUUAAAAGAGCAAGUUAUCAUUUCAUAGACAGCUUUGACUUUAUGACUUGAUGAAAGUAGCCUAUGUCAAAACGAUGAAACGCUUUACAGCUGGACUGGGGUAAAACAUUUGUUUCAAUUACUGUAAUUAUUUCAUUUAUUAUUAUUAUUAUUAUUAUUAAUACCAAAAAAAAAACAAUUUAAACAUUUUAUAAUAUAUCGAGGCUUUUAUAAAUUGUAUGUACUUUCUUUUGUCUUUUUCAAAUUUUGCACUCUGUUGGACACAAUUUAAAAAAUGUCUCUCUGCCUCCUGUAUAGAAAGAGGUAUUGUGGCGCAGACUUACCCUAUCAUUGGAGUAAAUGUGGAUACCAAUAACCAAUACCUGUGUUUUAAGAAAACUGAAUCGUAGAUACGUUGGAUUUUUGUGGACUGAACUUGGCAGGUGAUAUGGAAACAAACAUAACUUGAGCCCUUUUCAAGGGCUUGUUUUUUAUGGCAUACCAAAAGCCAUACAACUCACUGUACUUUCUAAAAUAUAAUCGAUACAAACGGUGUGGUGCUGGAACUCCGCAAUUCAAAUGCCAAAAUCUCUACAUGUGCACUUAUACUGGUUCAGAAUGUCAAAAAACUCUUUGUGCAUAUGAUUUGAAUGGUUUGUACAGGUGAUCUCAACCUCAUAGGCCUCACAACAACACACCCUCCAUUCACAACUGCCUUUGCACCAAGCAGCGAUUUGAUCCAUCACUUGUACACACCGUUCACUACUGAGGUAUUGUCAAGUUUAUAAUGCAGUACUCCUUUGUCUUCUACUCUUUGGUACAAGGAGUACCGUUGAUUUUUUUGCUUGGUUUCUUAAUACCACUUCCGCAGAUCCAUGCACUUCUUUCACAAUUGGUCGUCAGUACGUAGGAACCGGGGAUUUCUUUCCACCAAAAUCGAAUGGUUCAGAUUAUACUGCCAAUCAUACAGGGUUUCAUCUAAUUGACUUCUACUCACUACACUGAUUGGUAUCCCCUUCAGGCAUCCUCCCUGUUUGAGGAAAUUAAUUGUUUCUUCAUAUUUCUUUGUGUCUUAAUCUAAUGUUCAAUAACAAAUGCAACUGUAUAUUUCAUUCCAACAUUUUAAUACUACAAUAAUGUCUGGUAUUGAUCGGAGUAGUCAACUUUGGUUUCAUGACCAUGGUUAAAUACUAAUUAGGGAAUAAUCACUUUUAACUGCACAAAUGGGCACUUUUGUUAAGGGGACUCCCAUACAGCGACUCUUUACCGAAAGUAAUAACAAAUUGCGUUCAAACACAUGAUCCAAAGGUUCAGAGUUUUGUAAAAGGAUAAACAAAGUUUAAAGUGUUGCCACUGGCUUGCGUGUUUGGGGAACUUUUUAAAAUGAACUCAGAAGAGGUUUUAGUGGUUACUGCCAUAGUUAAGAGGGGAGCACAAGUGCUUUUUUAUCUGCAAUCUAGUCUAGGGGUGUUUGACUCUCACCCCAACAUGACGGGACACUACAAUGAUGGGACUGGCUUAUAACAGGCCCGCGACAGCACCAGAUACAAGAUUUUUCAUUUUCUUUAGUCAGUAUUUGAUUUGGUUGCCGUUAUUAUGUGAAGACAAUUUACAAAGAUUAUACAAAUGCUUCUAUAAUAAAUUGCCAACCUUAGCUUUAAUGGAAAACUACUGCAAGUCAUUUGGGAUACUUGUCUCUAUUAAACGAUUUAGUAGUACCUCAGUAUACCGAGCAAGCAAGCCAUAGUCACAUCACUGUUAUUGACCAGAACUUCAACAACCACAAAGGUACACUGUCUGUCUAUUUCUCAGUGUUUCAUUGUGUAGCACACCUUCAUGAAUAGGUAGCUGUAGAUUUAAAAAAAAUAAAAGUUUCCUGCUGCUGACUAUAUGGUCUUGAUUCACCCCCCACUUGCUAAUGACCGGCUCAGAUUAUAUUCUAUCAUAAUGGAAAGGAAAUAAACUUGUUUCUUUACCUUUUGGUGGAUAUGGUCUGUUUGUUAUUGUGUCCGACCCAUUCUGGCUCAAGGAGUCUCUGAAAUCGUGUCGCAUUGUUGAAGGAUAUUUCCCUAUUGUUUUUUACAAUCUCAACUGUCCUUCGACCAAACCUUUUAGAUACACUAAGCUUUGCUUUCUGUAGUCCAACACAGCAAUCAGCGUUCUCUCCGGCUCUCACCCACGUGUCCAUCCAACCCCAAAGAACAAACAGACCGCGAUCAAGCCAAAAUGAAUCGACUACUUUUAUUUCUCUGUAGGGAUUCAUUCCGUAAUGAUAUAAGGAGAUGGGAGCCGUUCAGUAGCAAACACAAGCCCUGUCAGAAGACACACAUUGGCGGGGAGAAACCGCCCAAAGCAGUACAUUGUUUGUUUCUGCGGCUUAAGGAUUACGUUCUUGCUCAAUACUGGACACAUUAAAAAAAGAUCUGCCCAUACCAGUCCCUUAAUCCUAAAAAGAUAAGAAAAUCCAGUCCAGGUUAAAAAAAAAAGCCGCUAAAUGAAAGAAUACCUAUCCUUUAAGGCCCCCGCUUUUCACCUAUCUUGAUGAUAGCGAACUUCCAGGGAAUCCAUUGUUCAGUCUAAACCCUCUGCAGUGCCCCAUUUCCCAGACGUGUUCUUAUGAGUCACACGGGUGAGGCUAAUAGCACUCAUAAUGGCUCUGCUGCUUUUAUUUGCCAGGGCCCAAUUAGAAGAGUAAUUUUAGUGCAGAUAGGUCUACCACCUGUGUGCUAGGACAUAAAAGGAGCAGAUCCAUAAUGAGGGGUGUGAGCCACACCUGUGUUUAUUCUACCAUGACACCUCGGUGAAAGGGUCCAUUGAGGUUUGAAGUCAAAUGUUUGCAUUGGUCUGCACUGAAGACAGUACAUGUCACACAAUAACUGUUUUUUGACUUUUACCUUGAUGUAUACAUUUCCGUGAAUAUUACUGAAGGUAAAUGUUUCCACAGUUGUCUAUCCCGUGAUAUCGCCUGGUAAGUGAUUUUAUUGGAUCACUGUAGCUGAUAUAAGGCACCUGGCACCUUUGUAAUUUAAUGUGAUAUCUCUGAAGUCUCUGUGUUAUCUCUGUUAGUACUGUUUUUCCCAAAAGUGUAUCCGCUGCAUUGAAAAUACCAAUGGCAAAUAAAGAAAUCGAUUC